AACAGGGAGUGAGUGAGCGAGCGAGGAAGCGGGAGGCGCAUUCCGUGUUGGCAGGGAGUGAACCACGACGACGCCCCCGAUGGUCCUUUGCCGCACUUCAGUACGGGGCUCCUAGCAGACAUUCAAUGCCGCAGGGUCCGUGUACGUCUCGUCGCAGGGAAUUCGCAGCCGUAUUAGCACAACUACAGUACCGCACACUGUCAACGCUUGCGCUCUUUCUGCCCUCGACGAGCGAGAGACGUUGCUUCUGCACCCUGGAUAUACAUCGAACCGAGUAGAUUCAAGACUCUCGCUGGUCUGCGGUCGCUCUGGUGCCGUGUCGCCGGGGUGGGCGUGUGGUUCUGUGCUCGACGGCGUGUUUGGGAUGGUCAGCAGCGCUCUGAUGGGGGCUUGCAGUGCAUCGGCGCUGGGUUAAGUCAAAUCCCUCUAGUGUGUCUGUGUUUUGUGUCUGAAGUCUCGGAGACACGUUGAUGGUGAGAGUGCUAGUGGCGUCGCGGUUAAGUGGGCUGGGUCAUUCGUUUUAGUGAUCCUGCUUCUCCUUCGGGAAUUCGGACAGUGCGGCUUCUGUCGUUCAGGUUCUAUACCAGAACGGGAUUUCAACUCAGGGUUACCAUUUCUUUUCCCUUGAGAUGGUUUGGGGAACUAAAGUUAGGGAGUAUCGAUAUCAGAAGUGAAGCGGAUUUCCGAGUUGUGGUUAUUUUCUAACGUUAGAGAUUCCUCUUGCGUUUAGUGCUAGUGUGGCCCGGGUAAUCGAAGUUUGUCAACAAACUGCUGGAUGAUCUCUCUUGUCAACAAACCAGCAAGCUCCGAGGUUGAUCUCGUUCUUUACACCCCGGUAGCGGUUUGGAAGCGAUUCCUGUCGUCAACCCAGUCCAACUGAAUUGUGACCGCCUGGAUUGUCACAUUUCGACUACCUCACUUGUAAUCAUGGAUGGACUCCGCUGCUAUCUUUUCGACUUGCAACGGAAGUACUGCCACUAGUACUGGAGGGAAAGAGGCAUCUUGUCUCAGAGAGCAAGACUACCUCAUGAAAAGGACCUCUUAGCUAGUGGUAGGCGAAAGCUGGUUUGGCAAGGUCGAAGGUAUGUAGAGCAACCUUGCCUCUAGUUGCUCACUCAUUUCUGUCAUUAGCCCUCUUUCACCCAGGCGCAGCACAGGCCUGUCGGACCUGUAAGCUAGUCCUUCGAACUAGUCUACAGCACUGUAUUUACACACUUCGGAUUGAACCCCUUUGAAUCCCAACUAAAUUCCUUCUCUCUGACGCUGUAAACCGGCUUGUCCCCGAGACUCUGAAGCUUAUCCAACAAAGUUGUAGGAUUAAUUUUGCAACGCAGCAUGUCGCUAUCUUUUGAUAACUCAGAGACCGGGUGCAUGCUUUUGUUUGACUGUCAUCGGUCGAUACCAGCACCCUUCUUGACAAAGACAUACCAUCUGGUGAACGAUCCUUCAACAAACGAGAUUGUGUCGUGGGGAGAGACCAACACGACAUUCGUCGUCUGGCGUCCUCCUGAAUUCGCUCGAGAUCUUUUGCCCAAAUACUUCAAGCACAAUAACUUCUCUAGCUUCGUACGACAGCUGAAUACCUAUGGUUUCAGGAAGAUCGUCCCAGAACGCUGGGAGUUUGCGAGCGAUUUUUUCAGGCGAGGAGAGAGGCAUCUUCUAUGCGAAAUUCACAGGAGGAAGGCAUUGCAGCCUGUUUCGGUUACAGGGUCAGUACAGCAAAGCCGCUCAUUGUCUCCUACUUCAAUUGAGGAUCAAGCGUGGUCGUCAAUUACUUCUGCUAUGCCAUCACCCCUGCAGAUCAUUGUACCAACUCAUCAGAAUGUCACGACCAUCGGUGUUUCAGACGAGAUGGAGAAACUUCGAAAGGAUAACAACAUGCUUCUUUCAGAGGUGUCUCGACUUAGCCGAUUGUACGAAGAAGCCAUGGCAAUUAUUCAGCACCAGAAUUUCAAAGGAUCGUCACCGGAUCUCAUAACUUACAGCAGGAUUGGAGCCAGCGGCCAGUCCAUUGAUCGUACAGCAUCCGCACCACUCCCAGGGGAACCUGCAAUCCACCAGCAAUUCGUAGGUCCAGUAGUGAGAAUGGAGGGGUUUCGUGAGCUCUCUUCUGUCCAUACUAGAACCACCAACUUCGAUCCGUAUAGAAGCCCCCUGCUGCCAACAUCUGCCAUCCAAGAAAAGCCGUCAAACGAAUCUAUCAUUUCAGGUGACUCCAAGCCCACUUCCUUGUGUGUCAAACCAACAGAAGCUGCGUCGUCAUCAAACACCAGCAACGAAACCACACCCGAAGGAACACGAGUCACCGUGAAACUGUUCGGAGUCCCUCUGCAUGGCCAAGCUGGCGACCCGGGGUCAUUCAACCAUGAAGCAUCAGAAGUUGGAAUGAAACGCCACCAGCCGGAGUCUUGGGAUACCGUCUAUAAUCCUGGGUCACCCCGGAAGUACCUGAGAUUGGAGACAACGCCGGAAUCCCGACCCUCCACCCCGCAGCAGCAGGUGCCGUGGCUGCAGAUAUCUGCUACGCGAGACGAAGGAGUGUACAUUUGAGAAAGCUUGUGUUUUAACCAGAUAGCUAAAAACCAAGACAAAAACAAUACAUCAACAUAUUGCUGUAAGUUUCUUCACACAUGUCCUCUGACCAGUAAAUAGGUAUAUAGAACCACUGAUGCAAAUCGUGUGCUAGUAGAUUGCGGCAGGCUUAUAAACCGACCUCGCUCUUGAUGAUCAUGCAAGGGUUUUGUAAAUUUUUUUUGGGACUGAGGCUCCCGUUUGUACUUAGUGGAGUUAUCUUGUGAAAGUUUCGACUGUCGUCAUGAUAGCAAAAUGGCGACCCACCAGUUGAUUGCAGUUCCUUUGAGGUUCUCGACGCCGACAGCUUUGUUUACUAGUUAUCUGAACCUAAUUGGAUCUCAUUCAUGGUUGAGAAUUCACGCAACAUUGUUUCAUACAGUUAAUCAUUUUCUGUAACACCCACUGCUUCGGUACUGCUUCACGAGCAGACAUCUUCGACGAAACUAGUAUGUCAUGAACUUCUACAAGCAAGCAGAGCAGCUUGAUGUUAAAUAUUAAGAAUUAUAUUCAACAUGAA